AAGUAAACUACACUUUGCAAAAAUAUUAAGCAUUUGUUCGUUUUUUGUUAGCUAACGUAUCUAACAGUAAUCAAUAUGAGUCAGUUUAUGAUUGCUCUCUCUUCAAACUAAAGCGAAGAAGCGAGGCGUUUCAGGUAGCUAGUUAGCCAAGUUUCAUGAUGCUCUUUCCAUAGCACUUGCUCUUUCCACUACUAACGUGAAUUGAUGCUCAAGUCAGGAGAAAAAUAAUAGCUAAAUGUUUCCAUCUCUCAUUCUACAGGAAGAAGUGUGAAAUGUCGUUUCCCCAGCCCAAACCUGAGGUCCCCCAGCUCCCCCAACACCUUCUCAGGACCAUAGACUGCCAGCAAGGGGCUGUAAGAGCUGUGCGAUUCAAUGGUGAGCACUCAAACAAACACCCAUACCAUAAGGUGCAUUGACUGUUGGUCAACUUGGAGCUGCUUGUGUAUGUCAUGAGAGUGAAUCUAUAUAAUGUGUUUGGGGUGUUUUUUAAUGAUCACAUUCACGCUCUUGUUGCCUCUUGGAGCUGCUUGUGUAUGUCAUGAGAGUGAAUCUAUAUAAUGUGUUUGGGGUGUUUUUUAAUGAUCACAUUCUCGCUCUUGUUGCCUCUUAUUUCAUUCUCUCUUUUUCUCUCUCGACCAAACCCCCUCACCCCCCCCCUCUUUCUCCCUCCCUCCCACCCCCCUCUUUCUCCCUCCCUCCCUGUCUCUCUCUCCCCCACCCCCACCCCUCUCUUUCUCUCUCUCAGCUGAUGGUAACUACCUGCUGUCUUGCGGCAGUGACAAGUCUCUGAAGCUGUGGAGUGUGAGUCGAGGGACACUACUGAAGACGUACAGUGGCCAUGGAUACGAGGUGCUAGAUGCUGAUGGGUCAGUAUCUGUAUUAUUACACAUCACUGUAUCAGAAAGUAGGCUGGCCCUCUUUGGAGUCUUGUAGAUCGAUGCAUUGCGCUCUUUUUGGUUAUAAAGCCCUCUUGCACAAACUUCCACGGUACGUUACUUCAUUGUUAAUCUGCAGACGUACGAGCUACCAGACCCAGUCUCAGGGAUGGCUUACUCAGGAGAUCCCUUUGAUCUCCACUGAGUUAGGUAAAUCUGAAUUUAGUUUUUUUAAAUCUCCAAAAACGAUCUAAAAUUGGAUGAUUUGGUGCCUCUACAGUGGGGGUCUCCAACCUUUUCUAGCAUGAGAGCUACUUUUCUUUUUAAAUAAACAAUUCACAAGCUACUAAUUUUUUUGCAACUCUACCCCGGGCCUAGGUGUACAACAGAUGUGUCUUAUGUCAAUAUACACUACCAGUCAAAAGUUUGGACACACCUACUCAUUCAAGGGUUUUUCUUUAUUUUUACUAUUUUUUACAUUGUAGAAUAAUAGUGAAGACAUCACUGUCCCCUGUAGCUCAGUUGGUAGAGCAUGGCGCUUGCAACACCAGGGUUGUGGGUUCGUUUCCCACGGGGGGCCAGUAUGAAAAUGUAUGCACUCACUAACUGUAAGUCGCUCUGUAUAAGAGUGUCUGCUAAAUUACUAAAAUGUAAAAAAUUUUACAAAUCAAAACUAUGAAAUAACACAUAUGGAAUCAUGUAGUAACCAAAAAAGUGUUAAACAAAUCAAAAUAUAUUCUAUAUUUGAGAUUCUUCAAAUAGCCACCCUUUGCCUUGAUGACAGCUUUGCACACUCUUGGCAUUCUCUCAACCAGCUUCAUGAGGUAGUCACCUGGAAUGCAUUUAAAUUAACGGGUGUGCCUUCUUAAAAGUUACUUUCUGGAAUUUCUUUCCUUCUUAAUGCGCUUGAGCCAAUCAGUUGUGUUGUGACAAGGUAGGGGGGUAUACAGAAGAUAGCCCUAUUUGGUAAAAGACCAAGUCCAUAUUAUGGCAAAAACUACUCAAAUAAGCAAAGAGAAACGACAGUCCAUCAUUACUUUAAGACAUGAAGGUCAGUCAAUACGGAAAAUCUCAAGAACUUUGAAAGUUUCUUCAAGUGCAGUCGCAAAACCAAUCAAGUGCUAUGAUGAAACUGGCGCUCAUGAGGACCGCCACAGGAAAGGAAGACCCAAAGUUACCUUUGCUGCAGAGGAUAAGUUCAUUAGAGUUACCAGCCUCAGAAAUUGCAGCCCAAAUAAAUACUUCACAGAGUUCAAGUCACAGACACAUCUCAACAUCAACUUUUCAGAGGGGACUGUGUGAAUCAGGCCUUCAUGGUCGAAACCACUACUAAAGGACACCAAUAAUAAGAAGAGACCUGCUUGGGCAAGAAACACGAGCAAUGGACAUUAGACCGGUGGAAAUGUGUCCUUUGGUCUGGAGUCCAAAUUGGAGAUUGUUGGUUCCAACCGCUGUGUCUUUGUGAGACGCGGUGUGGGUGAACGGAUGAUCUCCGCAUGUGUAUUUCCCACCAUAAAGCAUGGAGGAGGAGGUGUUAUGGUGUGGGGGUGCUUUGCUGGUGACACUGUCUGUGAUUUAUUUAGAAUUCAAGGCAUUCUGCAGCGAUACGCCAUCCCAUCUGGUUUGGGCUUAGUGGGACAGGCUGUGUAAGGGCUAUUUUACCAAGAAGGAGAGUGAUGGAGUGCUGCAUCAGAUGACCUGGCCUCCACAAUCCCCCGACCUCAACCAAAUUGAGAUGGUUUGGGAUGAGUCGGACCGCAGAGUGAAGGAAAAGCAGCCAACAAGUGCUCAGCAUAUGUGGGAACUCCUUCAAGACUGUUGGAAAAUCAUUCCAGGUGAAGCUGGUUGAGAGAAUGCCAAGAGUGUGCAAAGCUGUCAUCAAGGCAAAGGGUGGCUACUUUGAAGAAUCUCAAAUAUAAAAUAUAUUUUGAUUUGUUUAACACUUUUUGGGUUACUACAUGAUUCCAUAUGUGUUAUAUCAUAGUUUUGAUGUCUUCACUAUUAUUCUACAAUGUAGAAAAUAGUAAAAAUAAAGAAAAACCAUUGAAUGAGUAGGUGUGUCCAAACUUUUGACUGGUACUGUACCUGGUAAAAUAAUGGUUAAAACAACUCUAAGGGGGACCCAUAAAAUUAUAUUUAGUAUUUUCCUGAAUUCUGUUUUCUCAGUUUAAUUUUCUCCUGGUUUUAGAAUUUGUUUCAUUUUUUUGCUCUCAAUAUUACAAUUAUUCAAAGAGAGUAAUCUAAAAUUGAUGUUCUGAGUCCAUGUCAGUGCUUAAAUCACAUCAGAAAAAAGAAAUGUAGGUCAGAUUUUUUAAUGUUUUAGUGUAAUUCCCCUUUAAUUGCACAUCUAGCAAGAGAGGAAUGUUUCGGUUGAGCCUACUGCUGCAGCACGUCAUGGCAGGGUUUGCAAAACAAUCGCCACCCAAUUGAUACAAAUAAUCAUGAAAUAGUUAUGUCAGGUAAGCCUACUUCGCAGUUAACAUUUACUUGAGAAGGUUUUUGGGGAAAGUCUUUCUGUCUGUCUACCCACAAGACGGUUAUCAUCAUUGCUAACUGGCUACAUACAGAGUGAUAGACAAACGUGUGCACCAAAUAGAUGGGCAAUAUUGCUGGAAAUUAAUUGGCAGAUAUUGUGUUACGUUUGGAUUUUGAAGCCAGUAGUGGCUAACCAUGGGUGGGAUAAUGUCACUGUGGCUUUGAUUGGAUAGUAGCCGGGAGCUUUAUGUUUGACAGUUUGCGAUAGAACACAUGAAAAAAAUGCAUGUACUUUCUGAAUUGAUUGGCGAGCUACUCAUAGGUGGGCUGAGAGCUACUGGUAGAUCGUCCAUAUAUUUAUUUAUAUAUUCUACAGUGAGGGAAAAAAGUAUUUGAUCCCCUGCUGAUUUUGUACGUUUGCCCACUGACAAAGAAAUUAUCAGUAUAUAAUUUUAAUGGUAGGUUUAUUUGAACAGUGAGAGACAGAAUAACAACAAAAAAAUCCAGAAAAACGCAUGUCAAAAAUGUUAUAAAUUGAUUUGCAUUUUAAUGAGGGAAAUAAGUAUUUGACCCCCUCUCAGUCAUAGAACAUCUGUGGAGGGAGCUGAAGGUUUGAGUUGCCAAACGUCAGCCUCAAAACCUUAAUGACUUGGAGAAGAUCUGCAAAGAGGAGUGGAACAAAAUCCCUCCUGAGAUGUGUGCAAACCUGGUGGCCAACUACAAGAAACGUCUGACCUCUGUGAUUGCCAACAAGGGUUUUGCCACCAAGUACUAAGUCAUGUUUUGCAGAGGGGUCAAAUACUUAUUUCCCUCAUUAAAAUGCAAAUCAAUUUAUAACAUUUUUGACAUGCGUUUUUCUGGAUUUUUUGUUGUUAUUCUGUCUCUCACUGUUCAAAUAAACCUACCAUUAAAAUUAUAGACUGAUCAUGUCUUUGUCAGUGGGCAAACGUACAAAAUCAGCAGGGGAUCAAAAACUUUUUUCCCUCACUGUAUAUAUUCGUCCAUAUAUUUAUUUAAAUAUUCUUAAUUCCAUUGCUUUACUUAGAUUUGUGUGUAUUGGGUAUAUGUUGUGAAAUUGUUAGAUAUUACUUGUUAGAUAUACUGCACUGUGGGAGCUAGAAACACAAGCAUUUCGCUACACCCGCAAUAACAACUGCUAAACACAUGUAUGUGACCAAUAACAUGUGAUUUGAUUUGAGAUCUACCUGUUGGAGACCCCUGCUCUAGAGCAAUUCAGACAGCUGAUUGAGGAACUCUUUAUUGAAUAAAGUUUUUGGUAUAGGCCAAAUUUGGGUUAAAUAAAGCUGAUCCUAGAUCUGAUUGAGUGGGAAGCGCUUAACUUCACUGAGCUUUCUCUUUCAGUGCGAUAGCUAGCCAAAUGCAGACGCCAAUGCCUCUAUGUUCCCUUAUAUGAAGUAGGAGAUAUGCAUUAGAGAUGGAGACAUACAAUAUAGUUGCUAGAUAAGAAGGAGCCCAUUUUUUACCCAUUCAGUAUUCUUGCUUAUGUUCCCCUAUCCAUCCAUCUGCCUUCUGUGUCCUUUACUCUCUGUCAGUCUGCUGUCUCUCUUGCCUCUGUGGAUCAAUCUCUAUGUGAUCAAUCUACAUGCUUGCUUGUGUAGUCUUACUCUAUCCAUCUGCCUGCUUUGUCCUUCACUGUCUCCCUGCUGCCUCUGGGCCCCUGGGGGAAUAUGAUCUGAGAUAAUGGUGUGUGUCUUACCAUUGAUUCCUUCCCUAGUUCCUAUGACAACAGCCAGCUGUGCUCCUGCAGCUCGGACAAGACGGUGAUCCUCUGGGACGUCGCCACGGGACAGGUCACCCGGAAACUCAGGGGUCACGCUGGGGUGAAGGAACACAAUAAAACUAUAUUUUCUGUGUCACAGAGAGAGAGAGAGAGUUUUAGAGAAAGGGGGGGAGGGAGAGAGAAGCGGGUAGGAGAGGUCAGGUGGGUCAGAAUAAAAGAUAGAAAGAGAUGUUGAUGUUGAAGGAAUAGAGACAGGAAAGAAUUCAAUAGCAACAACCUCUGACUAGAGCCAUUUAUAUUCAUGGAUACGGCUCGGCCUCUGUCUCUCUGUUUGCAGAAAGUCAACUGUGUCCAGUUCAAUGAAGAAGCUACAGUCAUUUUAUCUGGUGAGUUUUCUCAUUCCUUCAUCCCUCCUCAGCAAAGUGCAUCUCAGUCACAGCUACAGCCAGGUCUGUGGCUUCAGCAUUGUCCUGCUCAGCCACAACAGGACCCAUCUCAGUCACAGCUACAGCCAGGUCUGUGGCUUCAGCAUUGUCCUGCUCAGCCACAACAGGCCCCAUCUCAGUCACAGCUACAGCCAGGUCUGUGGCUUCAGCAUUGUCCUGCUCAGCCACAACAGGACCCAUCUCAGUCACAGCUACAGCCAGGUCUGUGGCUUCAGCAUUGUCCUGCUCAGCCACAACAGGACCCAUCUCAGUCACAGCUGCAGCCAGGUCUGUGGCUUCAGCAUUGUCCUGCUUAGCCACAACAGGACCCAUCUCAGUCACAGCUACAGCCAGGUCUGUGGCUUCAGCAUUGUCCUGCUCAGCCACAACAGGACCCAUCUCAGUCACAGCUACAGCCAGGUCUGUGGCUUCAGCAUUGUCCUGCUCAGCCACAACAGGACCCAUCUCAGUCACAGCUACAGCCAGGUCUGUGGCUUCAGCAUUGUCCUGCUCAGCCCCAACAGGACCCAUCUCAAGUGAUUGCUUAUGAUAAUGGUUCUCCGUGUGUGUCCUUCUUUAGGCUCCAUAGAUGGUACAGUGCGUUGCUGGGACACCAGGUCCAGAAAGUUUGACCCCAUCCAGAUUCUGGACGAGGCUCAAGAUGGUGUCAGCAGUCUGAAGGUGUCUGAACACGAGCUGCUCACUGGGUCAGUACCAAGUCUGCACCUUUCUGUUCAAUUCAGUUUCAUUCUCAUAGAAGAGUCCUCUAACUGUCUUUUCUAUCUAAUUUCUUUCUCCAGGUCAGUGGAUGGGAGAGUGAGGCGGUAUGACCUGCGGAUGGGCCAGCUGCAUGUGGACUUCAUCAACAGUCAGUAUCUAGUCUUACCAACUAGUUGUUUUACUAACUAUCACUAAGUUCUGUACCUAGACCACCCUGAGUAGCAUUGAUUUGUUAUGUGUUUGUCUCUGUGUUCCAGGCCCCAUCACGUGUGUGUGUUUCAGUGCGGACGCCCAGUGCACUCUGACCUCCAGCCUGGACUCCACCGUGCGUCUACUGGACAAGAGCACAGGGGAGAUGCUGGGAGAGUACACAGGACACAAGAUGAAGGGCUACAAGCUGGACUGCUGUCUGUCCAGUAAAGAUACUCACGUACUGAGCUGCUCUGAGGACGGACACGUCUACUGCUGGGACCUGGUGGAGGUACGUGGGAUGGAUAAGUUAUUCAGUAAUAGAUAGCUCCCCUACCUAUCAAAAUCAAUUGAUUUGAUUUAUUGAUUUUAGCUAACUAUCUGUAAUUUAACAGCUGCAGAUUCAAGAACAUAGUAUGUUCGCUAUCAAGGAUGAAAACAUGAGUAGGUCCGUGUUGCUCGAGUACCGGAAUUGUGUGCCUAAAGAGUAUUGGUGUUAGAUUCUUUCUAUUUUUUUAACAUCUCUUGUUUCUCUCUCAGGGUUCUCUGACGCUGAAGCUGCCAGUCGGAAAGGCUGUCGUCCAAUCGCUGUCCUUCCAUCCCUCGGAGACCCGCCUCCUCACAGCCAUGGAGGGGCGUGUCCAGGUGUGGGGGGCGGAGCCGGAGGAAGCGGAGGAGGACGAGGACGUGGUGGUUGUUAAACAGGAAAAAGUAUAGUAGUCACUAGAUGGACAAAAUAGAUAGGACAAGAGUCAUGGGUCAUGAUAUCAUCAGAACUGAUGAGUUCCCUACUGUACAUUAACUGUCUGCUCUUGACUCAGGGUCAGGGAUCGGAUUUUGGUUGAGGGAAAUGGUUGAAAUCACGUGUGGUUAAAAAGUGACGUACCUCUGCUGUUGCUAGCAUUGGCUAAAAUAUGGAAUAAAUCAGUGAAAAUCAAUGAAAAGUACAGCUGAUGUCCUAGCAUUAUCAAGACCGUUUUUAAAAAUAUGCAUUGUAAAUAUUUUGUAAACGAUGAGCUUUGAAUAAACCCUUCUUGUUUUCCAAAUGAA